AUCUUAUGACACCUCCCAUCAGGACAUCAAAAUGCGAUCAUUCGCUUACUGGAGGAAUCAAAGCUCCAGGACGACUUAGGACGCGGAAAAUUUUACAUAACCUGAUUCAAAAGACCCAUCAUCCCAAAUCUCAAACUCAACAGCGACAAUCCAGCUCCAAUGGGACUCAACUCACGAAUGAGGUUCCACCACAAGCUGUUUCUGGAUCAAUACUGUUUAACAAGACAUGGAGCAUACAUAAAACCACGCCUUUUUUUGCCUUCAAUCAGCUACAAUAUCUUAAAUACCAGGCGGAACUACUGAACUAUAUUGAGGCUAAUUCCGGGAAUUUAUUAUUCUCUGCGUUGGAUAUGCGGGAAAAAACUGGAAAAGCGACAUUUGUCAGCGAGCACAGCCAUUUCUCGAGUCAAAUCGAUGGCUCUGGAGUCAAUGUUAUUGAAGCUUUAGAUGAACCUGGUGAAAUAACAUGCAUUAGUUUCGACAAGCUUAUUUUGGAUGUACACACGGCUGAAGACGAGAUAGAGCACCCUUCAAAUCCCGAGUCAUUCAUUAUUACCAUUACUGUCAGACCCAAAGGCAAGACGUCUGAGCAGACGUAUUUCUGUGCGGUUUUGCUCGAUCAAAUGCAAAAUAACAAAGGAAAUAAAAACCCAGCCUUCACUCAAUUUAGUCUCGUAUUCACGAAAGCACCAGCAGUGAUUGGAGGGUUAGUCAUUCAAUGGCUUGAAAGGAAAUUUGACUGCAGGAUAUGUCGUCUGCUGCUUCAAACGUUCGAGCUUCGAAAGAUUGUCAACUCUUCUAUGGAUACGAUGUAUAAUCAGGCGCAAAGAGAGUACAAAAGAGAGAGACCCAUAGAGCUCCAUUACUCCUUCCCAGAGGGUGUUGAAGGACUGAAAUCAAUAUCCAUAUCAUUGUCCUCAGAUGACACACGGCAGCUACUACUCAGUCGCGAACAAGGAUCAAGUGCUGGGUUUCUAGAGGGCGUUGAAGCACAUUGCUCUGCCAUCAUGAAAAUUGAUUUUGAUCGAUUGAAUCUCAAUCGAGCAGGUUGUGCUUCCUGGUAUUUAGCCAGUGAGGGUAAGAUAAAGAUAUUUUCCGCAAUAUGGGAGCGAUACUCUGUUCGGAGACUUAUUCAGGCCAUAGGAAAGUAUGGAACAUAGUUCAUAGACAUUAUCAUGCACUGACGAGCUUUGCCAGGUUAUAAUUAUCAUU